AUGUCCUCCAUCGGCGCCAUAACAUCGCAUGCAACCUCGACUCGGAAUGAGAGAGAUAGUAAGGCUGGUCAUCAGCAACAACAACAUCAGAGAACACAGAAUGAAAAUUCAUCGACGAGGCCAGCAUCGGCAUUGGUUUCAUCCAUGCGGGAUGUAAAGACUCGAUCCAGAGGCAGCAGUAAUGUAACGUUUAAGGAGGGCCAUGAAGUGUUGGAGGGACCUCCUGCUACGACAACAGCAACCCGAAAUAAUAGUGCUAAUAUGAAUAGUAGCAAUGGAGCAGCUAAUAAUGCAGCUCGGAAUCAAGGUACACCCUCACCGCAACAACAACAAGGUGUACCUUCGUCGAGUAACGCUUCGUCAAUGAUGCCGCAACAUUCAUUAAUCUCAAGUCACUCAUCACGACAAAUGCAACAUCAUGGUGUGGAACAACCUACUGGAUCGUCUAAUCGAUCUCGAUUGGAUAUUAUUAGUGAUGUUGGUGGCACGCAAAUGAAUUUAGAGAAUACACCAAAAGUCGCUCAUCCUCUAAUACCAACUCUGCAUGAACAACAACAAUCAAAAGUGAAUAGUGAGCCGAAAUCUCCGUUGUUGGGCGGGCCUUUGAUAGAAUUUGACGAGUUACUGGAGUUUGUCAAGAAAAUUGUGAGCGUUAGUGAGGCAUUGAAAGACUCAAAAUUGAAGAAAAAUGGGAAUGUGAUUCAUAUUCGGCUGCUGCAUAUCGAGGAUGAGGUGACACACUGGGGAAGAGAUUUAAUUAAACAAUCGAACGACAAACAAAUAGGAAAAGCUCUCCAGUUACUCUAUCAACAAUUAACAAAAGUAUACACCCUCCUUUCCAAAAUUCAACGAUGUAAAUGGUUUGUAGAUAUAAGAUUCUCAAAGAAGGCAAAAAAGCUCACAGAAGAACUAGACAAUGUGACGACCGUGUUAGGAGUGAGCAUUACCUAUUUCAAGGCACAAACUGCCUAUUCCAACGUCCAUAAAUUAGGAAUUGUGUCAGGAUAUCCAGAUAUUGAUAUUUUUGACCUUGAUGACAAGAAUAAUCUUGCUUUGGCAGCUGACAGAUUUUACAUGGGCCAUGGUGUGACGCAGAAUUUUGAGAUGGCUUAUCGACUCUAUUUACAUGCAGCACGAUUGGAAGAGGCACGGUCACAAUACAUUGUUGGAUCCAUGCUCAUUGAUGGUGUUGGAGUUGAAAAGGAUUCUCGACUUGGUGUUAAAUGGAUUCUUAAAUCAGCAUCUCAGGACUACCCCGACGCUCUGAAUCAAAUGGGAAUUUUCUACGAGACUGGUUUCAUUGUGGAACAAAAUUUUGAAACAGCUGCCAAGUUUUACUUACGAUCUUCUCAUAUGGCUCAUUUGGAUGGUAUGACCAACUAUGCUGCUCUUCUUUUGCAAGGAAAGGGUGUCGAAAAGAAUCAAAAGAAAGCAGCAUGGCUUCUAAAAAAGGCAUGUGAAAGAAAUUAUGCCAAAGCACAAAACGAGCUGGGUGUCAUGUACUACAAAGGAUUGGGAGUUGAGGAAGCCCCGGAUAAAGCUGUCGAACUCUUUACGCAAAGUGCUGACAAGGGAAAUGUGUAUGCUCUUAAUAAUUUGGGAAUAGCCUACGAAGAAGGAAAAGGAGUGGUUCGUGACUAUGCAAAGGCCACUAUUUGUUACGAGAAAUCUGCGAGACUUGGUAAUAUUAACGGUUUGAAUAAUUUGGGAUACAUCAAAUUGUUACAGAAACAAUAUGACCAAGCAUUGGAUUUGUUGCACGAAGCCUCAGAUCGAGGCAGUGUGGAUGCCAUGUAUAAUAUUGGAAACAUGUACAGGUUAGGAUUAGGUGUGACUGCUGACAUUACGAUUGCUUUCAAAUUCUUCUACAGAGCUGCUACAUUGGGACAUGUCAAAUCUCAGAGGAUUGUGGCUGAUGUUCUCUAUUCGGGCAAGUAUGAACCCAUUCCAGCCAACAAGAAGGAAGCAGCAUCGUUUUAUUAUAAGGCAGCGCUUAAUGGAGAUGCUGAAAGCUGCAAUAAUUUAGGAAUUCUGUAUGAAGAUGGUUGCGAAGGUCUACAUAGGGAUGAACAGAAAGCAAUCGAAUGGUUCCGACGAGGAUCCGAGUUGGGAAGUGACAAUGCCAUGUACAAUCUUGCAACCAUUCUGGAAAGAAGAAAUCAACAAGAACAAGCAACAGCAUUGUUACGGCGUGCAAGCUCUAUGGGCAAUACGAAAGCUAGAGAACGUAUUGGUGUUGUGUUGGAAUGA